UACUGUACCAUGUCAGAAUAUUUCAUAAAUUUUUUAAAGUCUUAUAGAGCGCUCUCAGACAGGACGUCGGUCUGACGCAGAGCAGUAGGUGUGUUAAACCGGUGCGGCCCCUUCUGUUUGGCAGAACGUUCAUAAAUCUGCGCCCAGCCAAUGGGGAGGCGCGUGGUAAUCCCAGCCGGGUGAGAAAAGACCCGGUCGCGAGUUCCGUGGAUCUUUAAUCCGCAGAGAGGAGACGGCGAGGGGACACGGUCACGACUAGUGGCUGCUGCUUCUGGGGGAUGUCCGCUGGCUUUUGAGCAGAACUUCCCAAACUACGAGCCGCGUUCUGGAUCUUUCUGCGAAGGGAAGCGACGCUCGAGCCGCUGCCGUUUCAACUCUCCCACCGCCAGUCCCAGCGCGCGAGAGGAGCGCUCGUGCCCCGCAGCAGCGCCCGUCGAGCCCCGGUCGUCAUGUCGUCCGGUGACGCCCCGGAGCAGAGCCGGAGGUUCAGCGUCCUGUCUUGGGAUCAGGUGCGCCGCUUGGACUCCAUCCUCGGGGAGAGCGUUCCUAUCCACGGCCGCGGGAACUUCCCCACGCUGUCCGUGAAGCCCCGGCAGAUCAUCCAGGUGGUCAGAGCUCGACUGGAGGAGAAGGGCGUGGCGGUGCGUGAUGUGAAGCUGAACGGCUCUGCAGCCAGCCACGUUCUUCACCAGGACAACGGCCUCGGCUACAAAGACCUGGACCUAAUAUUUGGCCUCCGUCUUUCCGACAAUAAAACAUUUCGCCUGGUGAAGGACGUGGUGCUGGACUGCCUGGUGGAUUUCCUGCCUGAAGGCGUGUGCAGGGAGAGAAUCACGGCCCUGGCACUGAAGGAGGCGUACGUGCAAAAACUCGUGAAAGUUUGCAACGACACAGACCGCUGGAGCCUCAUCUCGCUGUCCAACAACACUGGCAAGAACGUGGAGCUAAAGUUCGUCGAUUCUCUGAGGAGGCAGUUUGAGUUCAGCGUGGAUUCCUUUCAGAUCUCGCUGGAUUCGUUGCUGCUCUUUGACCGUUGCUCGGAGACGGCGAUGUCCGAGACCUUCCACCCGAGCGUGCAGGGUGAGAGCAUGUACGGAGACUUUGAGGAAGCCCUGGAACACCUCCGCUCCAGGACUAUCGCCACCCGAAGCCCCGAAGAGAUCCGGGGCGGCGGCCUGCUCAAGUACUGCCACCUGCUGGUGCGCAGCUUCCGUCCGUCUUCGGAGAGCCACAUGAAGCAGAUGCAGCGCUACAUGUGCUCGCGCUUCUUCAUCGACUUUCCCGACAUAUGCGAGCAGCAGCGGAAGCUAGAGGCGUAUCUCCAAAACCACUUCGUGGGAAUUGAGCACAAGCGCUACGAGUACCUUCUGACGCUGAGGCAGGUGGUGGACGAAAGCACUGUGUGUCUGAUGGGCCACGAGCGGCGCCAGACGCUGGCUCUAAUAUCCGCCCUGGCGCUUCGUGUCAUGGCCGAACACAACGCCAUCCCUGCCCUGUCCAACAUCACCUGCUACUACCAGCCUGCUCCCUACGUCAGAGACGUCAACUUCAGCAACUACUACGUGGCACAGGUUCAGUCCAUGUCCGUUCGCAGUAACUCUUACCAGACAUGGCUGCCUUGCAGCUGAGGACCGUCAUUAGGAAUAUGUGAACAUCUUUUUGUUUGACCUUUAACUUGUUAUAAGGUGGGCAUGUUUUAUUGUUUUGUUUUCUCCGCUGCCUCCUUAUCUGGUGUCGGUGUUGCAUUCUGGCUCUGGUUCUGCUGGAUCAACUAGGAUUCUGGAUAGAACAGCUUACAGACCCAGUGGAUGUAAAAUAUCACCAACUCGUACUAAUACUGAUGAGUCAGGCUGAGGUUCUUACAGUAAAACAUGUGGCGUAAUAUCAGGCUGUUUAUACAAAAAUAAAACAAACAAUCUGAAGUGAUUAAAUAACUUACACUACCAGAUAACAUAUUAGUUAUGACAUCAGUUUUAGCAUUACCCAGAACUCACUGGAAUAGUCGGAGAGGGAUGUCUGGCUCAUCCUUCCUGGGUAUUUUGUCCUUUAGACCCGAUGGAACAUUAAGCUUUGUAUCAAUGAUUCCACCCCACGUCAUUCACAAAGCAUUCCUCCUGAACGCAGCGUACACGGCAUUGAUUCGUUAUUCUCAUUCCGCCAGCGAACAGGACUCAUGGGUCCAUCUAGUCGACAUACUGGUCCGGGUCCAGUGCCCCGGGCGAGCCAGAAUGCAGUCCGCCCUGUGCUGGAGGUGGGAGCGUGACACUGUGGAGUCUUCAGACAUUUGUGUGAACAGUACCUCUGCAGCAAUUUGACCUUUUUUUUCAAAAAGAAAUUCACAUCUCAAGACCCAGCUUGGACAAAAAUCUUGCUUUUGUUUUUGUUUUUAAUGCCAAAUUGUUUUGUACAUCCAAAAACCUAAGUUAUUUCGAUUAAACUGCUGUAUAAAAAGACGAGGGUGUGGGUAAAAUGAAACCUAUAAUCAAUGUGUUUUUUGCUCUGUUGACGGCCUUUAACCCUGGAGGAAAUGCCAGGGGAAAACACAAAGGCUUCAUAUGUGAGAGGAACUUUGCUAAGUCGGUUUGUUUUCUGAUUAGAGGCUUGGCGGAAAUGUAAAUAGUUGGAAGUGAAUCUGAAAGCAGUUUUGUGCGUGUUGUUCUGUCUGAGGCUUCAGCCGACCUGACAAGGACGAGUGAAGAGACGAAAGAAGUACUUGCUUGAGUAGCACCGGAAAUAAAGACUGUAAAUGGUUCCAAGUGCCUAAAUAUUAUCUCCUUUUAAUUAGUUGCUAUGUAAGAUUUAUGUGUUAGCCUUUUGUUUCAGGGUUUUGUUUGUUUUUUGCCUUUGAGUUUUUCCAUUAAAACACAUCAAGAGCUGGAA